GAUUUCAAUUCAUCUCCACGUCUUCUUCUUUCAUCUUUCUUCAAUAACAUCCUAAAAGCUUGUGUGUGCUGCUUUUUUAUCAUGGCUCUCUCUUCUUUCUCUUCUGUUUUUGUUUUUGCAAUAACUUUGCUUCUCAUGCUAAGGCUUUCAGAGAGUGCCACAUGUAAUGAUUGUUUCACACGCUCUCGAGCCUCUCAUUACCCUAACUCGGAGGAGCAAGGAACAGAUCAUGGAGCAUGUGGGUAUGGAACUUUUGGAGCAACGAUUAACGAUGGAGAUGUUGCAACUGCCUCUGAUCUUUACAGAAAUGGCCUUGGUUGUGGAGCUUGUUACCAGAUAAGGUGCAUAGACAGUGAAUUGUGCUCAGAGAAAGGAACAAUGGUGGUGAUAACAGAUCAAGGCUCAGGUCCUGGCGAUUUUAUUAUGAGCCGAAGAGCCUAUGCUGGGUUGGCUCAAACCCCUUAUGCUGCUGUCUCUUUGAUGGCCCUUGGUGUCAUUGACAUUGAAUACAAACGAGUGGCUUGCAGUUACCCAAACAAAAACAUAACAAUAAAGAUUGAUGAGAAUAGCGAUGCUCCUCAUUACUUGGCCUUUGUCAUAAGGUUUCAACAAGGAAAAAAUGACAUCACAGCAGUUCAACUUUGUGAGACGAAAAACUUCGUGUGCAAGUUAUUAGAUCGAAGCUACGGUACUGUAUGGACGACAACAUCGCCACCGAGGGGACCGUUGUCAUUGAGAAUGUUGCUGACAAAUGAGGAGGGAGACGAGCAGUGGAUUGUCCCCAUUAAUGAUAUUCCUCGUGAUUGGAAGGCUGGAGAUAUCUACGACACUGGAGUUCAAGUUAAUUAAAUUCAUCAUUCCAUAUUAUAUUUAUAGAAAUUUUUCUUCAUGUUUUUAUUUUAAAAUUUUCUUAUAGUUAUUUUGAUCGGAAAUAAAUGUCUCACUAGAUGAAAAAUUAAAAUUCUUCUUGUUUUUGUUUGAUUGUAGUUUCCCUUUUUUACUUUUGUUGUUUUUUUUUUUUUUUUUUUUUUUUUUUUUUUUUUUUGUUUUGAAAUUGGAAUAUUUGGCUAAGUUGUAUUGAAUCAUGUGUAAUCAUUCUAUUAUUUGGUUGAGUGUAUGUAAUUUUUUCAAGCAUGUAAUAAAACUAAAUAUUCGAGUU